AUGGAUAACAUAAAUCUUGUUAACAACAAGGAAUUUUCUGUUAAAAACACGAGUAAAGACCUCGGAGUCUAUUGGAAUUCUUCCCUUACGCCUGAGCACCACGUAGAUGAAAUCUGCAGGAGAGCUUGUGGAAUCCUCGGUCUGAUCUUCAGAGUGUCAAGAAAUGGAUUUUCAAUAACAACUCUAACUACCCUUUACAAGACACUCCUACGCCCGAUUUUGGAAUAUGCUUCGGUGGUUUGGAAACCUUACCAUGACAUCUACGUUUCUCGGUUACAGCGAAUUCAGAGAAGAUUUGCAAGAAUGAUGGGAGUUAGAUGUGGCUACAACUAUAGAGACGUCCCAGUUGAAGAACUUGAGUCCCUGCUGAACCUCCAUACUCUGGCCAAGAGAAGAGAUGUUGCGGACCUGGCUUUCUUGUUAAAACUGAUCAAUGGUAAAAUUGACUCUCCUCAGCUGUUGGAAAAGCUGUUAUUUCGAGUUCCAGGCAGUACCAGGUCUACAGAUGUUUUCUUCAGGGCGCAGUACAGAACAAACUACCUGGGUAAUAGUCCGAUGAUCCGACUCCAACGGCUAGGAAACGAAUUCUCAACUCAUGUUGACCUCUACAGCGACAGUCUAGCCUCCCUUAAACAUAAAAUCCUACACGUUUAA